AUUUUAAUUAUACAGUCUUCAUUUCACAAACCUGCUUAAAGACAUUAAAUCCAAUUUGUCUGUAUGCUUGAGCAUUGCAUAUGAAAAUACUACCUUAUGUGCUUCAUUUUGAGUCUUAAUAUCCCUCUAGAAGCUCUAUAGUCUUUUGGUUGAUACAUUUACUGUCUGCUGAUAAGCAACUGCUUGUUGGGGUGAUGUUUUGAGUUAAGGUACAGUUAGGAUUGAAGUUAUUAAAUCAAGUUACUGAGUCAGAGCAUCAACAUCUCUUCUUGGACUCUGAAUAUGAAAUGUUCCCCAAUACCAAUCUAGGCAAUGUAUGAUCUGUUAGAUGAGGCUGUGUUCAGGCAGUGCAAUUUGGUCUGUCUUAUGUAGAAGUCAAAUUUUUCAGUGCAGAUCUGACCGGUCAAAGAAAAUCAACUUUUCCACCUGGCCAAAAAGACAGGGGAACCUGUCCUUAAACACUGUUGGAUGAGAACCUUCUCCAAAGGGUUCUAAGAAAUCCUUUUCUCUGGGAGAUCCACAUUGGUGCAAGAGUUUCAGCGUAGUGUGUGUGAUUAAAUGGUUUGGGGAAAAAAUCUUCAACAGUUUAAUGCAAUUUGUUGGUGCCCUGGAGAAUGGCGCCAGUUUGGAUCAUAUUGUGUCAUUUUCGAUGAGACUCCAAGAUCUUGGUCGGAUGCGGAGUUCCACUGUCAGUCUCUUGGUGGACACCUGGCCUCAGUACACAGCUGGCUGGAGUCUAUAUUUCUGGAGGCGUUGACUUUUGAUUUACCUUUGACCUGGAUUGGAGGAACGGAUGGUGGUCAGCCUCAGAUGACACAGGUACCUCGUCAUACUGGUUACAAGAGCUGGUCCUGGACUGAUGGCUCUGGAUUUAAUUACCAACAGUGGGCAGAAGGAAUGCCUAACAACUCUAUUGGUGGAGAGUCUUGUAUUCAGAUGAAUUUUGGAGGUCAUUCUGCUCUGCCACUGCUGGCCUCCUUAACAUCCCUCGAUCCAAGCUGCGGAGCUUUGGAGACAGGACUUUUUCACGGGCUGCUCCAAGACUUUGGAAUGCACUUCCACAAUUCAUCCGGGACUCCAUCUGUUGCCAUCUUCAUCCACCACCUCAAGUCUCCUCUGUUCAAACAAGCCUAUCCCCCGCCUUAUGAUGUUUGACCCACCCCUUUAUGUAUUUUUUGUCUCAUUGCUCUCUGUAGUUAUGUAUGUAUUGUAAAGCGUCUUUGAAAAGUGCUAUAUCAAUGUAAUGUAUUAUUUAAAAAGAAUUCUAAUGACUGUUUCCUACAACACUUCAAUGUCAAGGUGUUAUGGAGGUUAUUGACUCCCAGCCAACUGAAUUAUGUAAUGUGAUAAAAAUCCACAGUUGAGUGACUGCAUCCCGAAAUUUGAGUAAAGAAGCUUAUGCAUGCACAUACACAAUGUCACCAUAAUCUAGUGGAGACCUGCUAGUUUCUUGCACAAUACAUAUUCCAUGACAUGAUUGAUUUCUAUAAAAGGAACAAGUUUUAAUAUUUUUCACCCAACUCAAUGUUUUUGAAAGACAGUUCUUCAACUACUCGAAUUCCAACAUAUUUGCAAGAAGCCACGUUUCAUAAAAUCACUAUUAAGGGUAGUAAUUUUAGGGUCAACUAAAGUAUGGUUAGAGUAAAUUUUUUGCUGAGGAUCAG